AUGUCAACUGAAAAUCUAUCUGAUGAAUAUUAUGAAAUGCACGAUGCAUAUAGUAUUCUAUCUUUCCGUCCGAAUGACAAUAACGGAGACUUUGAAGAUAGCGCAUCUGAAGACAAUUUCAUCAAAUAUGAGAAUACGUACAGAAUGGAAUCGAAAACCCCUUUUGAUGAACAAAAAGCAAUGGUUAUAGUAAAAAAUGAAAUUGAGAAACAUUUUAAUGAAGAAACUAAAUACGAUGCAUAUGAAUCAGAUAAGCUCUGUGUAUCAAUGAUAUGUAACAUUAAAAAUUAUAUUAGGGAUAUAGAUUUUGAAAGAUAUAAAAUAGUUUGUAUCGUUCAAAUCGCAGAAAAGAAAAAUCAGGGAGGUGUUUGGUCUAUUUUAAGAUUUUUACGUGACUUAGAAAAAGAUAAGUAUGUUGAAAGAAACUUUGAAAAUAAUAAUUUGUUUGUUUCUGUUGUAGUAGGAGCAUUAUAUUAUGAAUAA